AUGGAGGCCUCAAAAGGACGGGAUUCUGUCACAUUACCCUUAAACAUACCCAGAGAGGUGUUAAGGUUCAUGGAUGUGAAGGAUUACUCCAUAUUCAGGGAUAAUGAAACGAAAAAAUCGGAUACUAUUGAAGUUCAGGAUCACAGGGUGGAUUUUAUUAAGGCUGAAUGUGCCUGGUUAGGCAAUCAACCUGAGCUUUUGUAUGGCAAGAUAGACGAUUUAGCGAAUCUAAGUGCAUCUCUUGAUAAAUACUUGACAGAGUGUAGUAGCCAACGCUGCAACGACCUUAUGAACACAUCUCUAUACAUGAACUUCAGGUCGAAAAUGUCUACCAUAUCGUUAGCCUCGAUUAAGAAUCUACGCAAGUCCUUUGAUGAUUACAAAUAUUCCACAGUUCAUGACAGUGCAGAGAUUAUCAAGUUGUACCAGCGUUUGGAAACCAUGCGCGAUGCAAGGUCUCUCCUAAAUACAAUCAGGACACUAUACAAACUUUAUGAGAAUAUCCGCAGUUCAAAAACUGAAAAGUUCCACUCAAUAAUUGUGCUUGCGUCUGUGCUAUACCAUUUUGAAGCUGUUGCAAAGUUAGACUCUCGAAUCUCGUCUACGAUAAUUUUUAAUACCAUAAAGGAAAGAUUAACAUAUACUUGCAGAAAUUUGAUAAAUGGAUUAUUUUUUAAGUGUGGGACCAAGUUUAACUUGCAGCAGAAGGUAAAACUACUCUUAUUACUUGGACAACCUCCAGAAUAUGCUGCAAAAAAUAUUUUAGGGCUGCUUCAAACCGAAUUGAUUUCUAUAUCAUCUUUCGUUUUGCAAAAGUAUAUUACUGCUGAACAUCUUGUAAAUCUAUCACAAAAUGAGGCAUUUCCGCAUAUAGUUGGUCCAAGGGACAUCUCAAUUCAGGCUCGAAUGAUUGGCUCUAAUGUACUAUUGCUUGUAAUAUGUAAGUUACUGUCUGAUUAUGUGUCAUUUUUUAAAAAAGUAUUUUCUGAAUUGUUCACUUUAGAUGAAGAUUCUUUGUUUUUAACACAAGAUUUGGAAAAAUUCUCCAAACUGUACAAUAUUCCCGUAGAAAAUUUUCCGAUUCUUUCCAGACUUAAUGAUUUGCCGUGGAUACCGUUUUAUUCUCAUGUUUGUUCACUGAUUAAACGUGAUGUGUUUCAUCUUGCAUUUACUACAUUUGAGAUAUUAACUACUAUACUACAUAAUUGUAAUCUUAGUACCCUCAACGAUGACAAUGAUAUUAUAAAAAUGGCUUUGCUACUACGGUUUUAUAUUAUUUAUCACGAUACAAACCUGUCGCACACAUCACAUUCACCAACAAACAACUUUGAACCAAUUGAUCAUAACAAUUGCACCAGGGAUCUGAUUAAAAUUUUAACAACAUUGAGUGAAAUACCCCUCUUGCACAAUGGUAUUGAUUUCAAUAAGAGUAAUAACAACGCUUUGAAAACUUUAGAGAUAAUAAUAUCUACCAAACUUGAAAGAUGUCUUGAUAAAUGUUUUAUGGAAGAUAUACAAGCAAAUUUCACAUCUUUAGAAACAUUUGAUCGUAUAGAACAUUAUUCACUAGGAGCAUUUAAGGAUGUUUUUUCCGCAGCUAAACACUUUUCUCAUAUCGUAAAUAACAUGCUUGUCAACACUGAUAAUACAGUGUUUUCCUCUACCAAUCCCUACCAUGGAUGGACACCAAAUGCAGCUUUUACUGGUUUUAAUUUAAAUAUUUCUUCCCCGGCUUUGCAUGGCAAUACUCAUGCACUGCAAAAGACUGACACGUUUCUACCAAAGUCUUUCCUAAGUGUAAACUAUGGAGGUUUAUACACAGGAUCUUCUAAAAAACUUAUGGAGCACUUUGAAACUUUUUAUAGAGUUAUGUUGGUACAACCCGAAAAUGCAAUGGAGGUUGUAGUAAGGUUCACAAAUAUGGUUGAUCAGUUUAUAUAUCGCAGCAUUCACUCUUGCGGUAUCCACACUUCUGUGAUCGAAACUCUUGACAAAUUUAAGAACGUAUUUAAAAUGAUGCGGGAUAAAAAUCCAAAAGUAUGCAAGUUUAGUAGCAUAAGUACAACCUCAAGCAUCGAUCACAAUACCACAAACCUUAUUUCUGGCACAAAUACAAACAUAUCACAGCUCUAUUUCUCUGUGAAUGCGAUAGAAUCCGGAUUUACGAUCCUAGAGUCCCUAAGGGUACUCAUGGAAAACAACACUGGGGAGGUGCACAGAUUUUUGGGAGAAUAUUACGAUGAAAGGCUUGGUGUAAUUGCCGAACUUCGUUCGGUCGUCUAUUAUAUAUCAAUGUACAACCUGCUAAGACCAAAGCUACCCACUGUAAAAAUACUGCAAAUUCUAAAGAGCUCAAAAAUCGUCGAUGCAGGGGCCAGGAUCGGACGUUUGUUUUCAGAAUUUGAGAUGCACUUGAACACUAUUCAAAAUUCCCUAGAAGGUGCCGGUAUAAACUCGCUACCUAUCAUUGUAAAGAUACACUUGUGGGAUUCCACAACCAGGGUUAUCAAGGAUUCGUUCAAGCCUGUGCUGGAUAUGGCAAACAAUGACGUGAACUGCCAUAUACAGGGUCUUGUUAACGAUGGAUACGCUAAAGCAUUGAGGAUUACAGAUGCCGUUUGCCGUCGCUACAUAGACAAUGUAAAGUGCGAUUAUUUGAACAAUAAAACAGAAAUUGCAAACAUGGGCACAUACCAUAUAUUGGUAAAUAAAGUAAUAAAUCGCCAAUACUCUACUUGUUACUAUACACACUUUACUAUAAAGUGCGUUUCGCAACAUUUGUGA